AUGUCGACGGCGGCUUUCAGAUUUGGUCACACACUUAUUCGGGCUAAAUUCCCCCGUAUGAGUGACACAUUCCGAAAUAUGAGCGAACCUGUCGAACUGAAGGACCACUUCUCAGAUCCAUCUCCUCUCUACGACCGCGAUGUUGGCCACUUGGAGUCCAUGCUGAUGGGUUUGGUGGGGGCUGAGAGUAUGGCGUUCGAUCGACACAUCACGAACGCUGUGCGUAAUCAUUUGUUCGCGAAACCUGGUGGUCCGUUAACAGGAAUAGAUCUACCGGCUGUGAAUAUUCAGCGCGGGAGGGACCACGGAGUACAGCCGUACAACAAGUAUAGGGCGCUGUGCGGACUACGAACAGCUCAGAAAUUCGACGAUCUUCGUUCUACAAUGGACGACUCCGCAGUGGACGCACUGAGGAAAGUGUACGAGCAUGUAGACGAUAUCGAUUUGUUUCCUGGUAUCAUGAGUGAACGACCAGUGAAGGAUCAGUUGGCUGAAAUAAGAAAGACGACAUUUGCGAAGGUUAUUUGUGCCAACAGUCAGUCGCUCGAAAGAUCACUAAGUAUUUCUAUUGGCACAGGACGAGCUGGGAGCGCGGAGUAUUAG